AUGGCUUGGCCAUACAGCCGUGCCUCUUCCCUUCAGCAGCAGCCAAGCGGUCCUGUCUCACUAUUGUGGUCCGGCUUUGCUGGACUCGGUCUGAAAUCAAGGCGGCCGACAUUUAUUCACUCGCUAGCCGAAUGCUCGUUUCCUUUCAUAGGUAGUGCCCAGGCUAGUGUCAGUACUGUACUGGUACUACAUUUUGAAUACGUCCGAUCGGCUACUUCGGGACGGUACAAGAGCCCGUCUCAUAUUGACAACAUGAAAACAGCGCAGGAUCGAUGGUACUUUGAGGAGUCGACGGCACUCGCCAAGAGUAGCGGAAUGCCGCGUAUGAGUGCUCUACUACGAGCAGAGCAACCGGUACUUGCUGAUGAUGCCAAGUUGACACCUGAUGAGGAUUUGAUAACGUGA